AUGGCAAUUGACGAUGUCGCCACCCUCGAUGCCUCGAAGGAGAAUUGGACUAUUGUGGCAAAGGGUCAUAAGAUUCACGCUUCGGUAAGAAAGACUCUUAUAUACCGAUUCCAAUCUUUGCUAAGUGAAGGUCGGGUAUAUCAGAUUUCAUUUUUUGAUGUUGGUGAAAGCGGUCGUGACUUCCGUCCAACCUCGCAUCCAUGGAAAAUCAACUUUGACAUUCAUACUUCUGUGAGAUUGGUUCCCAACAAGGCGAUAAACUUAAGCCCUUAUUCUUUUGUGCCACUCUCUGAUAUAAUUUCUAAGGACCUUGAUACAUCUUUUCUUAUAGAUGUAAUUGAGAUUCCCACUAGUGCAACUGGUGAGCAAGAAUUUGAGAAAGACGGGGAAAAACAUAAGAUAAUUACUAUUCAACUUGACCAAGAUGGGGAUAGGGUUGAAUGUGCCUUUUUUGGCAAGUAUGUUGCGGAAAUCGUAGGUUAUCUUGCAUCGGGAGAUGCAACAAAUACUGUUGUGGUGGUGCAAUGUGCAAAGAUCAAGCCUUUUAAAGGUAAGACAAGUCUCCAAAAUGUUUAUGGGGCUACAAAGGUUCUUUUUAAUCCUCUCAUACAAGAAGCUGCCAGUCUCCGAGCUCGGUUCUUGGAAUCAAAUGAUACUGCUGCACAAGUGAUUAGCCCGCUGCAGGACUCGGCAAAAAAACUACCCCUGAAGAAUGAUUUUCUAAAACUUAGUGAUGGGAAAACCAUUGAGCAACUCAAAUAUUUUGCUGAGAAGUCCUAUUGUGUUGUUCUUGGUACGGUUAAGUAUAUCGCAGAGGGUAUGGAUUGGUAUUACCCUGCUUGCAAAUGUAGCAAGAAGAUGAAUUAA